ACAGAACCUGAAAACAGUCAUUUUAUAUCACCAUGUCUUCUCAAAUCAACCUAAUUGCCAUUAUCAGCCCCAAAGCUGGGAAGGUAGAGAGAGUAGUGGAAUUACUCAAUGGAGUGUCACAAUAUGUCCAUAAAAAUGAGCCUGGGACUACAAGAUAUCAGAUCAACGUAGAGACGAACAAAAAGUCUGGUGUUGAAGAAGUAAUCAUGUUUGAAAGCUACAAGGACAAGGCAGCUCUGGGAACUCAUGGAUCAUCAGAUGCAUUCAAAGCUUUCCAGAAGAUACUCAAAGAUGAGGCUUUAAUUGGAGCCCCGAUGCAGUUAAAGUUCGUGAAAGAGGCUGGGGGUUUUGCUAGGUUGUAAGGAGGGCAAUGACCUUGUUAGAACAGAGGGAAGCCUACAAUGUAACAGAAUGAAUGUUCUCUUUCCGCUGAUCUUCG